AAAUUAAAAAUGUGUAUGUUUCCUUUUCUUUUUCAUGUUGUGAAAAUUUUGUAUACAUUGGGGGCAUAAAGCAUUAUCUUUUUAGCGCCACCCAUUCUCCGCCCCCGCUCCACCCACAAGCCAUGGGUCGGAAGAGAGAUAAACCCUACCCUUCCUCCCACCUUCCUACCUCUGCCCCUAAGAGGCGUCGCCCUCCGCCGUCUACGGAGAACGAUGAUUUGGAAAAGCCCGUGUCAAAACCUGCGCCACCCCUUGCCCUAGUCGUCGUUGACCUUCCUUCACACUGUUCGGUCCUUGACUUGAAGUCCCGUUUUGAGAUCUACGGAUCCAUUUCCCGCAUCCGAAUCGACCGUGAUUGUGUUGGUUACAUCACUUAUCGCACUAAAGACUCCGCCGAUGCUGCCAUGACCGCUGCGCUUGAUCCCUCCUUCGCCUUCACUAUUGAUUCCAAAAAGGUUCAGGUACUAUGGGCUAAUGAUCCUCAAGUCCAAUGGCGACAAGGGAUUAACGUUGGUGUUAACAAGAAUAAGGAAUUAUCUUCAAAGCUCUUGCGGGCAGAGGUGCCACUAAGCAGACAUGGAAGAAGCAAUAAGCUUGCUUCAGCCAUUGUCAACCCCAGAAGAAGCAACAGUUCUUCAAGGUCAGAUGUGCCUUUCAGGGGCAGGGAAGUUGUUGCUUAUGACGAUAUUCUCUAAGUUCACAGAUUGCUUCAAUUGUUUUCUCCUUUUCAUUUAGUGUGGUAUAGUGUAGUAUAGAUCGAGUUCUUAAGUGUACAAGUAUUUUAUGUCAGUUGUCUCAUAUUCCCCCAUUAAUUUUUCUUGAUUCAAACUUCUUUAUGAUCCUAAAUCCAAGUUUGUGUUAAUGUAUAUCCACCAUUAGUAGAAGGAAACUUAAGCUUUUCAUCAAGGCUUAGUUGCUUACUUAAUUACUCUGUUCUUCUAGUCAUGCUUUGAUCUUUGCCCCUUGCUAUAUGAGCUUCUUCAAGAGUAUAGAGCUUCCUCUAAGGAGACCAUGUCUAUGGUCGGAUUGCGAGAAGUUGUUGUAGGUAUGAGAACUUGACUAACAUUAUGUAAGAACUUCAAAGGAGUGCUCAAGUGUAUGAUUUUCAUAUACACUGUAUAGUUUUUUAUUAAUGAAUUGUGUUCUUGAACU